GUUUUCGGCUGCCCGCAAAGUUAUAAUCGUUCACCAGCACAGCGGCAGGCAGCAGCAGCAGCAACAACAGCAGCAAUGGCCGCUUUCCGCAGAGUGGCAGCGCUGGCCAGUAAGCUAAACCUCUGGUCGGCGGGGAGAUACGAGCUAGUCGGUGGUCAGAUGGCCAGAGGAGGAAGGACACGGAGGUGUCUGGCUGUCGGGAUGUGUCUGGCAACGGGAGGCGCCGUGGCGCUUUACUUCUACAACGAUAUGCCGAGCUGCAGAGGCAGGAAGAGGAUGGGGAGUCACAGCAUCAACGGUCUGCUACCAGCCAUCCCGACUGUCGAAGCCAAGGAGAAGGAACGUCCGUUUGACUUUGAGGAGGGAGACGUGUACAUGUCGUCCCAUGAGCAUCGCUUCCGCACGUUCAGCUCGGUGGAGUAUGACGGGCAGCUCUACAUGACUCCACAGAACUUCAUCGAGUCGGUCACCAUGAACGAACCCAGAAACAAGAAGCCCUGGAGGUCCCUGGCCAAACAGGAGCUGGAGAAGAUGUUGUCAGAAACUCCCCAAGUAUGGAGAGGAUCCUCCAAACUGUUUCGCAACCUGAGAGAACGAGGCAUCAUCUCAUACACAGAGUACCUGUUCCUGCUCUGCAUCCUGACAAAACCCCAUGCUGGCUUCAAGAUUGCUUUCAAUAUGUUUGAUGCAGACGGCAACCAGAUGGUGGACAAGAGGGAGUUCUUGGUGCUUCAGGAGAUCUUCCGGAAGAAAAAUGAGAAGAAAGGGAGGAAAGGAGAUGUUGACAAGUCAGCACAGCUGAGUAUGCAGCUCUAUGGAUAUCAGGUUGCCCCCAUGAACAGCGUGCUAAAAAAAGACAGUCAGGAGUUUGUGGCGCGGAGUUACUGGGACGUUCUGAGGCGAAGCGCCAGUCAAGUCCUCUUUUCUGACCUGGCGGAGGAUUUUACUCUUAAGCGAGCAGAUGAGAGUAUCACGAUUGACACCACCCUUUUGGUCCAUUUCUUUGGGAAGAAAGGGAAGGCAGAGCUUACAUUUGAUGACUUCUACAGGUUUAUGGAUAACCUUCAAACAGAGGUGUUAGAAAUUGAGUUUCUCACCUACUCUAAAGGGAUGACCACCAUCAGCGAAGAAGACUUUGCCAAAAUCCUGCUUCGCUUCACCAAUGUGGAAAACAUCAGCGCCUACCUGGAGAAUGUCCGCCAUUGUAUACCCGAUGAGAAGAAGCAGGAGGGAAUUACAUUCGAUGAGUUCAGAUCGUUCUUCCAGUUUCUCAACAACCUCGAGGACUUUGCCAUUGCCAUGCAGAUGUACAAUUUUGCCUCUCGCUCCAUUGGACAAGAUGAGUUUGCAAGAGCGGUGUACGUGGCCACUGGGCUGAAGCUGACACGGCACCUUGUAAACACCAUCUUCAAGAUCUUUGACGUGGAUCACGAUGACCAGCUCUCCUACAAGGAGUUCAUCGGCAUAAUGAAGGACCGGCUGCACAGGGGAGGAAGGGGCUAUAAAUCUGUGGAGCGUGCCACCUCUUUUAAAUCCUGUCUGAAGAAGGAGCUGGCAAGCAGCAGGUGAAGGCCCGACACCACACCUCCUUCUCCGGCUGUGUUCGCUCUGGGGCCAGACGACAAGUGCACCAGCUCUGGAGGAGAUACAAAGAGAAGCUGUAGUGGAGAAGAGAGAAAGAAGGCAGAAAAGAUAUGAAGGACGAAGUCUGAUGAUGGAGUAAAUCAAACUGAUCUCUGUAUAGUCAGUGGCCUGAGUUAGCGACGUUGUGUUUUCAAGGGCAGAUCUCCAUUGGUCCUCCAAAGCAGAUAAUAACUACAAGCAUGCCCGCACACAGCAGACUGAUGUUCUGUAUGAUGAUAACAAGCAACAUCACUCCUUGUUUUCAUCUUCAUUAAUGCCAAGUAUGAUUUACAGUGUAUAACAACAAUUUGACUUAACUCUCCACGCAUGGCACUUCCUCAUGAGUCAGUAAACUACAGCUAACUCUUAUUUCUUUUUUGGUUAAGGCUAUGAUUUAAAAAAAAUAAAUUAAGCUAUGAAAAGUUUAAAUGAGCUUACUUAUUAUAAACAGCUGAUAAAUGCAAGGUAUCGACUUUAUAACAAUAUUAUAUAGAUAUAACUAAGCAAGGUACAAUAUUGUCUAAGUUCUAUCAACCAAAUGAUAUUUCACUUAAUGAAUGACGUUUUAAAUGACGUAUACAGUAUAAUAUAUGCCUUUUUAUGUAAGAAUACUUAGCUGCACUUCAAACUGUAACAACUGAAAGAGCACAACAGUAAUUCAAUAACAAAAAAUAUUUGCAUGUAGAGUCUUUUUAUUCAUCUCAGUACAUUUUUUUACUUAUUGAUCUCAUCUAGCCAGUAUAAUUGUUGCUUUUUAAUAAUGCAUUAAGAGUUUAUAUAAACACUAUUUCUACAGGUGGGAUGCUUUAUGAUCCUAAUAUUACUACAAGACUGGGGAUGUCUUGUAUGAAUAUUUUAACAGUAACAGAAGUAUAAAACAUGUAUAUUGAUUACGUGAAUACUAUAUGCGAUUUAUCACCCAAUCUUUAAUGUUGUAAUAUAUUAUGAACCAUUGAAUAUCAUUCUUUAAUGUCUUGGUGUGAAAUAUGGAAUAUUUUGAAUAUAUUGAAAUGAAGGAAAGAGUAGGAAAUGGAAAGUUAUUUCUCAUAAUGUAAAUUAUUCUCAUCAUGUCUGCAAUAAUGUAUGUAUUUGUCAUGUCAGUGGACCUGAUAAAUUUACUUUCAUGCAUUAAUAAACUAUUUUAAGAAGA